AUGACGAAUUGGGAAGAUAUAGCAAAGCAAAAGCGUGAAGCUGUUUUAGCGGCCAUUCCGAAAGAAUGGAUUUUAAAUGAAGUUCCUAGUGCAGACGACCUGCCAAAUGUGCGAGAAUUUCUAAAAAGUAUAUUGCCUGAUGACGAGAAUGAUAUUGCAUAUUCUAGUGUGACCAGUUUAAUCUCAAAAAUUGCACAAGGGGAGCUUUCUAGCUCAAGAGUUAUAAAGAUUUUCUGUAAAAGAGCUGCAAUACUGCACCAGCUCACGAACUGUUGCAGCGAAAUAUUCUUUGACAGAGCACUCAAGAGAGCAGCAGAAUUGGACGAGUAUUUGGCUAGAAAUGGGAAAGUUGUUGGACCCUUGCAUGGUAUACCUAUUUCAUUCAAAGACCAAGUUAACUUGGAGGGGAUAGCUUCUGCAAUUGGCUUUGUCAGUGGUGUAAAUAAACUAAUCAAGAAGGAGAAGGUCUCACUUCUUGCUGAAAUUCUUGAAGGCUAUGGGGCAGUAUUCUAUGUGAAAACAACGACACCGAUGGCCAUGAUGUGUGGUGAGACGAUAUCUAACAUAUAUGGGGCAACACUUAAUUCUUGGAAUAGAAAACUAUCUUGUGCUGGCUCUUCGGGAGGCGAAGGCUCAUUGUUAGGAGCAAGAUCGUCUUUAUUGGGUUUUGGAACGGACUUAGGUGGAAGCAUCCGACUUCCUUGUAACUCUCAAGGCUUGUUUGGUCUUAGGGGCAGCUCUAAUCGCCUUCCCUAUAAGAACAUAACCAACUCCAUGGAAAACCAAACAGUACUUUGCUCCGUCGUUGGACCUAUGUGUGAUAAUAUCGAAGACUUGAAGUUCAUAACAAAAUUGAUAAUAGAUUCCGAGCCAUGGAUACAUGAUCCUAAAUGUCUACCGAUAAAGUGGAGGGAUUAUAAGCCCGAUCCUGUGUUGAGUUUUGGAUUCUUUGAUUUUUCAAGCUACACGUAUAUACAUCCUCCUGUCAAAAGAGCUUUAGAAAUCGUUAAGAAUUCCUUAAUAAAAGAGGGCCAUGAGAUCAUCAAAUUAGAAUCACCAUUUCCAUUUCAAAAUUUAGGGAAGCUUGCGGGAGAGAUAUUUUCGGCAGAUGGUUGCGAAGAAAUACUAGCCGAGUGUUUGAAAUCUGGAGAACCUGUCAUAAAGGAUCUCGUAAUGUUGGAUAAAAAUGGCAAUCCACCAAAAGCUGUCAGCGUUCUGGAAUAUUGGAAACAAGCAGGAGCAAAAUACAGGUACCAACAACAAUUUGACGAAUACUUACUCUCCACUAUUAACCGAACUAAAACAGGCAGAGCGGUCGAUUGUCUUAUUCUUCCAUUGCAAGCUGGAGCUUCAUACAAGCCUGGUUAUUAUAAUAAAGUGAGAGCUAACUUCACAACAGCUUUCAACGUUUUAGAUUAUUCGGUUGUAGCUACUCCAAUUACUAAGGCAGACAAAACUGUCGAUUUAAUAGAAGAGUAUACUCCUUUGAAUGAUGCAGACCAAUUUCUUUACGAGUGCUACGACCCUGAAUUAUACGAUGGUACGCCUGUCGGAGUUCAAGUUGUGAGUGGAAGGUACCAAGAGGAGAAAGCUAUCGCUUUUGCAGAAUUGAUUCACCGAGCAAUCAAUAAUUAG